UUUUCACAUGCUAGUAGUUCUUGAUGGGAUAAAACAGCAGAUAAUGUUAAAUCAAGUAAUAGUAAAGAAGCCAAGUUUCUAUCUUGGUUAAAAGAAUUGUGAGCUUCAAGCAAUACUUCAUUUGAAUCGUGGCGGGAUCAAACGUCAACCAAUAGGAUUAGUAUGAAGAUAUUUUUGUCCAAUCAAAGUGCAACUUUACGUCAACCAAUCAUAAUAGAGCGCGGCUAGGAUAAAUUAUAGGGAUGAAAUACAGUUGCAUAUCAUUCUGUUCUGAGAAUACUGCUAGAAAGAUGGCUCGUACCAAGCAAACCGCACGUAAAUCUACUGGAGGAAAAGCCCCCCGAAAACAGCUCGCCACCAAGGCAGCACGUAAGAGUGCCCCAGCAACUGGUGGAGUCAAAAAGCCUCAUCGUUACAGGCCCGGUACCGUCGCUCUUCGUGAGAUCCGUCGUUACCAGAAAUCAACCGAGCUGUUGAUCCGCAAGCUGCCCUUCCAACGUCUGGUUCGUGAGAUCGCUCAGGACUUCAAGACAGAUCUCCGAUUCCAGAGCUCAGCUGUGAUGGCCCUUCAGGAGGCUAGUGAAGCUUACUUGGUCGGUCUGUUUGAAGACACCAACUUGUGCGCCAUUCACGCCAAGAGAGUCACCAUCAUGCCCAAGGACAUUCAGCUUGCCCGCCGAAUCCGUGGCGAGAGAGCUUGAGUGACUUCUCCUAGUCCAACAAAACAAACGGCUCUUUUAGGAGCCACCACAUGCUAAUAAAGUCAAUGAUAUAUGCUUGAUA